CCCAAGCGCAUUGCAGUGCAGAUUGAAGAAGUCUCACAGCAGUCAUGCUCACGGUCUUGGCACAGUUCGUCCCGUCGCUCUUUUCUACGUUUGCAGGUCACUUCCUCACCAUGAGUGAAGGCCCCUGCUCAAAGCAGUCACCCGCGUGUAUGAAGGUGGAGGUCACGUAUGUGAGAAAGUGACACAGCACGUACAAAAAGAAGAGGAAAAAGAUACUUAUGUCACACCGCCCCACACGACAAGGGCAGGUGUGACAUUAUUGUCACGUCUGUGACCCACUCACCCGGAUGCAUGGAAAUUAAACUAUAAAAGAUAUAUACAAUUCAUGCCAUGCCACCCACGGGCAAGGCCUUGCAAAACAGAAGGUGAUUCUCUCUGCUCUACACAAGAAAAACUCAGCUCUCUCCAGACGGACAGACAGACAGACAGGCAGGCAGAUAGACCUAUGGGCAGGGAGGGCACUAAGUAUGAGGCAGGUGACCCUCUGAGAGCGCCCCCAGAGCACCGGACAGACAGCCCAAAGCCAGACACCGGCACUCACAAACAUGACAGGGAACCAGCUAAAUGUACGGACGGACCUACUAGCUUCUUACGCCAUCCAUUCAUCAAUUUGUCGCGUCGACGUACACCGAUGAAUUCAUCGCCACAGACGUGCACGCAUCACUUCAUAGCAAAACAGCAUCGCUACGUGCCAGACACACUCUCUCUGUGUGCUUUCUAGAGGCCAUUCAGCUGUCUCUGGUUCGAAAAAGACAGACAGACAGACAGACAGUCAGACAGACGUGCAAGCGGUCACUAAGUGCAAGACAGACACCGCGCUCUCUCUGCACUCAAACCGAUACAUAUAUACAUGGACACACACACACACUCACUUUCAGUACGUGUGCUUUCUAAAGGCCAUGCAACUCUCUCCAGCUCCAAAAGUCAUGAGACCGACCGACCGACCGACCGACAGACAAACAAACAAACAAACAAACAAACAGGCAGACAGACAGACAGAUGAGCAAGAGGCCACCACAAAGUUCGAUACUCGCCAUAUCUGGGUGAGAUCGAUCGCCAGACAGCUCAAGGGGGAAAUGAACACACGAGACACUCACACCCACCCAUAUAUACACCUCAAGGCAGCGAAGUGUACGGGCCUACUUACGUACCACAUCCAUGAAUGCAUCAACAUGUUGAUCAAUUCUCCUUUGAGGUCGCGAAAUUCGUUGUUUCGCCGACUCAAAGCGCUCGAUGGAUAGAAAAACAGCAACAGAAAUUCAUGUACGCUCACUCGCGGAUGAGCACACGAGAGAAAAAGAGAGAGGCCGAGAAAGGAAAAUACAGUGCCAAGAGAAGCACUGUCAGUGAUGGCCCUCCAUGAAACAAAUGGGACUCCCAUCCAGGACAAACAAAGCGAAAGCAGCCUGGCCGCUCGCUCAUUAGUGUGGCGGCUCCACGCUUCCCCUGGGCGCCUUGGCAGUGAUCUGCUCGCAGGUUUUCUCAACCGAGGGGUCCAGGUGGGAGGAGAAGCUGCCGGGGAUGUAUAUGGCCACACUGUGUCGGCGGCGGUCCGCAGCCAGCGACUGACCCAAUGGACCGUUGGAGAUGCGGCCAAGUGCAAGACCUCUCUCGCCCAGGAAGGCUGGCUCCAGAUUCUAUCCAUGUGCACACACAUGAGUGUAUGGCUGUUCAAGUGUACGCGCAUUUCGUGCACGACUUACGUAGACGUCCAUUGAGAAGCCGAAGCCGCCUCCCUUCCGCCCGGGGCCGUAGGACUUGGACUCAUCAAUCGCGGGCUCGGCCGUCACAUAGGGGAUGCUGAUAUGCGAGCCAAUUCGACAGACAGGUGACACAUAUUCACACACAUACAUAGAGAGAGUGCAUGCCCGCCCGCCCUUGGCUUCUGACUGACCGCAUGGUUUGGAACUCAUUGCCCUGUGAGUCUUGUGCAAAGCAGGCAUAGAGGCCCGACCACCUGCAUACACAAGACAUGUGGCCUGUUGGAGGUGUUCUCGUAGGAAUGCUCUUGUCUUACACGAACGAGCCAAAAGGCAGCUCUUGGAAGCGAUCUGCAGACUUGCCCUGGUUCGGAAGGCCGUGGGGGUUGAGAAUGGUGAGGAAAAUGUAAACGGAGUCACAGCGGUCAUUCGUGACCUGAACAAGGCACAGCAGGCAUAACCAAAAAGAAGAUACACAUAUGAAGGCCCCUCUCGCAAUUCCCUCUCGCGUUUGCAUCGUGGUAUGUCACUGACGGGAACGAGGUUGCGCCAGGGAUGGUACCGCUGCACGUCUAUGGAUCGAAUCUAUGCACACACCCACACAGAGAGGACAGAGAGACAGAACACUGCACACAGGGCUCAUGCGCCUCCGGAUGAAGCUGACGUACCUCGUAAUCGACAGUGCUGUCUAGGGCAUCAUACGAUAGUCGCACUCGUCGGUAUCGAGGUCGCAGAAACACCAGCGCCCAUCGGCAGUCUGGUCGCAGUGACCAUCGUUCGUUUUGUAACUCUGGGGAUAUUUGUUGUUGUUUAUCUGCAGCAAAAACAAGCCAGUAACAGAGAAGGGGGAGCUGUCUGUGUCUGUAUAUGUGUUAUGUCUGAGUGCAGGUCAGUCCUUAUGCUGCGUGAGACGAAGCGCAGCUGUCACUGUGGUCGUGCCCCCACGUACCAUGAAGAGUCCGUACUCCUCACGGAAGAAGUCCACUGCCAACACACACAUGGUCAUACGAACAAACCUCCCUCACUCCUUUCUUGUGCGUACCAGCGAUCUGGCGGAACUCAAAUGUGUUCUCCUUGGUUGUCUCAUCCUGCGGAUUGUCCAAGUUCUCGGGCUGCACGCGCAGCACCCCACAUAGUGCAGCAUAGCAAAAUACUCCACAAUGCGCAGACCCUGACUGCGGUGUGUACCUUGAGCUCCAGGUCUCUGGAGAUGUGGAUGAGGGUCUCGUACACCCUAUGUGGGUCGCAAGCAGCUGGGUCGAAGAACUCAACGCCACCCGUCAGCUCUCUCUUUGCGGACAACAGUCCUCUUGACGUCGAGUUGGAGGCUGAAACGAGCGCAGACGAGCACAUGCAUAGAAAGCGUUGAUGCAAAGGCCAAGUGCGUCAUCUACUGGUCCACACCUGUCUGCGCGAAGGCGCAGUGUGCUGGGACCACAGCCAGCGUCAGCACCACCAGCACCUUGAGCGACAUUGUCAUCGGAUCAGCCAAAUAGGACAACGAACGCAAAGCGGAGUCGAGCAGAAGUAAUCCAGAGAAUUAGCAGCGGCCUACCG